AUGUCAAACUCCACUCCUACUGCAGCAAUCAAGUUCAACUACGCACAAUAUGGAUUCCGACCAUCUCCAGCAGUGGCUUCUUUCUCCUCUAGGGGUCCAAGCGAGAUGAACGGCGACAUCUUGAAGCCAGAUGUCCUUGCACCAGGCGUGAACAUUCUAGCAGCAUGGCCAUCUGGAGUCGGACCUAAUCCUAACCCGUUCAUCCUUAAAAACUUCAACUAUGAGAGCGGCACCUCCAUGGCCGCUCCUCACGUUUCUGGAAUCAUCGCUUUAAUCAAGUACAAACACAAGCAGUGGUCGCCAGCAGCGAUCCAAUCCGCCAUCAUAACCUCGGCUAAGGAGCUAGAUCUUGACGGGAACCCCAUCAAGGACGAGGCGGACAAUAAGACAGCCGGUGUCUACACCACAGGAGCGGGCCAGGUGAAUCCAGCCGGGGCGAUGGAUCCUGGUUUCAUUUAA